UUCUAGAUAUAUGGCUAUUAUAGUUCCUUUAAGAAGACGUAUGAGUAAAAAAUGUACACUAAUUAUAAUUUUGUGUACCUGGAUUUUGGCAGUUGUAUUUGCAAUGCCGCAGUUGCUGUUUUUCCAAACUGAUAUAAUUCCAUGUACUGACAGAAUUUCGUGUUAUUCGUUAUGGCCAGACGGAAGUACAAAUAGUUCAAAUUUGGAAUACAUCUACAACAUAUCAUUCAUAGUUUUCACGUACUUUAUGCCCGUGGGUGCAAUGAUUAUUACAUAUUCUCAAGUAGCAGCAGAGUUAUGGUGGUCAAAAAGUAUCGGUGAAGUUACCGAUAGACAAAUGGAAAUUAUCACAAACAAAAGAAAGGUCGUCAAAAUGAUGAUAGUUGUGGUGACAAUUUUUGCAGUUUGCUGGUCUCCAUAUCAAAUAUAUUUUCUGCUUACUUUUUACUAUCCGACUUUAACGCUUGCUCCUUAUGUUCAAGAGCUAUAUUUGUUUAUAUACUGGUUAGCAAUGAGCAAUUCCAUGUAUAAUCCAAUCAUAUAUUGUUGGAUGAACGCACGAUUUCGUAGAGGAUUCAAACAAGUGUUUUCCUUUCUGCCUUUUGUUACUGUAGAUCCAAGUAAAUCCCCUAGUAGAAGUGAAAGGAUUUAUACACAAGAAUCAUAUUAUGGAAGAAAAUUGCAAAGAAAUAAUACUUUAACGACUCAAAUGACGUUUUAG